AUGGAUGAUGAUGAUGCUGAUGAUGCAGGCGGUACCUACAAACUGAUGACCUCAUCUGUGCUCAAGGAUUGUGGAAAUCUUUUAUCCAUCUUCAACCGAGUCGUUUCAGAUUCCCCCUUCAUAAGUGAAGGGUAUUGUGUUAUCGCUCAGUUUAAGUCUGAGCUCUGGGACAUCUGUGUUCGCUUAUUAUCUCGCGAGAUAGUGGUGACGUCACGCGUUCUUCCGGAAGUUCACAUUCAAACACGAGGAGCGAUUACGAGGGAGUUUUGUCUAUAUAUCAUUCAAAAUCUACUGUUGGGAAAAGCAGAACCUCAUCCAAAUAAAAAUAAACAAGCUGUUAAAGGCACUGUGUCCUACACAGACCCUCCAAAAUAUAACCACCCAAAAAGUCAGUUGAAGGUCAACACAAACCAAAUAAAGAUGUGCAUUCUACAAACAAUAAAAAAAGAUCAAGUUUUGUGUCCACCACACUUAGAUGAGGCGUGCCCGACCCCUGACUUUGUCUACCCUACAUUAAGUUGCACACUUCAUGACAGUAAACAUCGGUAUCACAAUGGUGUGAUUGAUCUAUACCCUAGAAUAAGCUGUGACACUAUGAGACGUGAGGUAACACAACGAAAAAAUUACCGGAUGGAGACUACCUGAUUCUUCACCUAUGGCCUCAGCUUCAAAUGCAACAUGUCCAGCAACUGUCUGAGUUGGUGGAUAUUCUGUCAGAGACUGCGUGAACAACGUUAUGAACAGAUGCUGUGAAGAGGUGGAGCCCAAAUGCCACAGACUCGGAAAUAGAUGCAGCUAUGGCAGACCACCUCAAGCACGCUCCAGGAAGAGCUGGGGGUGGUGGAUACAAAAAAGCCAAACAGCUGUGAUGUGUUAAAGAGAGAGUUCACCAAAAAAAGGAAAAUUGUUAUAAUUUUCUUAUCCACAUGUUUCAAACCUGUAUACCUUUAUAUUUUCUGCUGAACACAAAGAUUGAAGAAUGUUUGUAACUUCACAACCAAUUAACUGUCAAUAUUUUUUUUACAAUUGUAGUAAUGGGUUGUGGGAUCUGCUUUGUUAAAAACAUUCUUUCACAUAUCUUUGUGUUCAGCAGAACAUAGAAGGGUAUACAGGUUUGAAACAUGAGAGGGAAUAAAUGACUAAAUAUUAAUUUUUGGGUGAACUAUCCCUUUAUAGAAAGUGUUUUGAAGUUGUUAUUAUAGUUAAAUGGUUAAAAAAAAUAAAAAGUGCUAAAUCAGAA